GUGGAGAGUUUUGUGGUGGUGGUGGUGGUGGUGAUGGAGUGGGAGGAUGCAUCUCUGGGCAGAGCAUUCAUUGAUCAGUAAGUCCAGCUCUGAGAUGGUGAAGGGGAGUGAGUGCAGGUAGUCACUCAGUCAGUCACUCACUCACUCAGUCAUCACUCACUCACUCACUCACUCACUGACUAACGACCAGAGCAUUAUAAAGAGAUCGCAUCCUCACCACCUGUACCUGUACCUGAGAGCAGGGGAUGGGGAGAGCUGGAGAGCUGCAGGUGGCGAGGAGAGUGUGUGAGAGCAAUCGUGUGUGGGCAGCAAUGGCUCAUCACUCCGCAGCCUCUGUGCUGGUGGUCAGUCUCCUGUUACCGCUGCUCACUGGUACCCGGACUCAGGGGACUGAAUGCAAACCCGACUGUCACCCACUGCAUGGAUUCUGCCAGGAUACUGGGGAAUGCAGGUGUCAGUCUGGCUGGCAGGGAGACUUGUGUGAUCAGUGCACUCCCAUUCCUGGCUGUUUACAUGGGAGUUGCACAAAACCUUGGCAGUGCUGUUGUGAAGAGGGUUGGUCAGGCAUCCUCUGCGACACAGCUCCCCACACCUGUUCCUCAGAACACCCAUGCGCUAACAAUUCAACGUGUAUAGAGAGUGAAGGAGGUGGCUACAGAUGUAUCUGUGGAGAGGAGUUUACAGGGAACCAUUGCCAGCUCAGGAAAGGAAAUUUCUGCAUAAAUGGGUCACUGUGUCAGAAUGGAGGAAGUUGCAUAGAUGGUAAUGGAUUUGGAUCCCAGGCUUCCUGCCUGUGCUUGAAGGGUUUUACUGGGGUCUUGUGUGAGACCAAAAUCAGUGACUGUGACUCUAAUCCAUGUGCAAACAAUGGGACUUGCACAGACCUGGUUUCUGGCUACAGCUGCCUCUGUCCCCUUGGUUUUACUGGCGGAUCUUGCGAUUAUCUAAUCACAUCCUGCCUUAGUCAUCCAUGCAAGAAUGGAGGCACUUGCCAUGAUCUUCCUGAGGGGGGUUUUGAUUGCGCAUGCUUGCCUGGUUAUGAAGCAGAAACCUGUCACGAGCAUAUCUCUUCUAAACAUGAUACAAAGCAAAACAUAUCCAAGCACGUGAGAGUAAGUUGGGUCAGACAUGGCAAGCUUUUCAAUCCACCGCUGCAUGCCUUUCACAAGCCCACCCACCAUCAAGGUAAUGAGAUGCUGAAGAUCACCGUCAAAGAAACCAUCCACACAUCGAAUUCCCUGCUCAACAGAAGUCAAGUCAUCUGCUUUGUCAUGCUUGGAUUGCUGACUUGUCUCGUGAUCCUGGGAACGACACUGAUCAUCUUUUUCUCCAAGUGUAAAAUGUGGAUGGCAAAUGCUAAAUAUCGUCAAUACCUACGGAAACAAAAAAAUCACUUUCUCAACGACGAAGAGACUUCAGUCAAAAUCAUAUUCCCGGACAUGAGUAAAUUGACAAACUACAGGAAAAGUUACAUCUCGAUGUGAAUUUUUGUUUCUAUCAUUUGUUAAACUAAAUGUCUAUCUUUAUUUGUAUGCAUCAUUUUAGAAGUGUUUUUAUAACGGCUUACACCAAAUUCAAGCAUUUUGUUGAUGACUUGCUGUGUUGUCUAAAUGUUUGAGGUUUAUUAUAAAAUGUGUAUCUAUCUAAGUGAACGUUUCUUACUCAGCUCAAAAUCCAACUCAUGGGACAUGUUAAGUAAGAGGAAGUUCAAUGAGCAAAGAUGAGACCUUGUAAUUCCCAAAGUUAUGUAGAAAUGGAUAAUAUUAAUGCAAAGUAUCCAAAUAAAUCAGAAGUUCCCUGGCAUAUUGUUUAAAGCACUUACCUUGCAAGCAAGAGGACCUGGGUUCGAUUCCCGGGUGGAGUGAAAAUGUUUACCUACCACUAAGCAGGAACCUGGUUGUUAGUCCAUUAGCAGAUUGCUAACCAGGGGAUAAUAAUCCCUCAAAAAAACCUCAUUUGGUCACUACUAUUUGCAUAAACAUAGUUAUUCUAUUUGGUUGCAGGUCACUGUGUCAGAAUGGAGGAAGUUGCAUAGAUGGUAAUGGAUUUGUGGGACACCUCUGUGUGUAAUUGGUUGCCACUUUUUGCUCACAAA